CGCAGAUGCGCGUAAAAUAAAUUUGGCGGUAGAUUAAACCACGUGAUAAUCUUAUUCGAUGUUAUCUGCGAGGGAUUUCUAUCGCUUACAAAAGUUGAGUAGUCAGGGUAAAGUUAAAAACUCAGAAGAAGGUAUCUCAUUGGUCAAAAAAUUAAAUAAAUCGUUGGAUACGUUAGAUGCUCCUUGCGAUGGGAAUGCGAUUUCAAAAUCUUUAACCUCUGAAACAUCAAAUCAACUGCACGAUAAAAGUAAUGCUAAAAAAAGACGAAGAGUAAAAAAGCGAAAAUCCUCAGUUAACAACGAGUCUUGUGUAAAAGAUGUUAACUGUUCUAACAGAACUCAAGAUCUUGAAUCUAGUUUAAACACCACAUACAUAACUGAUGAUUCUGAUCAGGAAUUCGGAAAAUUACAUACAAAGAAACAAAAGUGUGAUCUUAAACAAGGAUCACCUAGUAAAGCAGUUGCUGAAAUAAACCAUAAACUGUCUCCUAAAAACAACGUUCCGGACGCUUCACUACGCCCUGAGACCUUGUCAUUAUCAUCAAAACAGAAUAUCAAUAGCCUGAAUCCUUUGAAACAAGGUGAACGGUUACUCAAAGAAAUGCUUGGGCCCAUCACAGUCGAAGAGUUUAUCAGAGCCAGGUAUCAAAAAUCUCCGUUACAUGUCGAACGGUCCAGUUCAAAAUGUGGUGAAUGGUUGAAUUUUUCUUUCAUAAAAAAAUUAUUAGAGAAGGAAUUUCUCUUUUUCGGUCAACAUGUGGAUUUAAUCGAAGGUAAAACUCUACAAAAUGGUAUUGUUAAUCCACCUGGUCGAGCUUUUGCCGGGACUGUGUGGGAGCAUUAUUUUCAAAGAAAAGUAUUACGUUUUAAUAAUCUUCAAACAUUCUCCAAACGUCUCCGUUUUCGUAUUGAUCUUUUACAAGAAUAUUUCGGUUGUAAUUUUACCAUUACUGCUUAUUUAUUACCGUCGAAAUCAACUGGAUUAUUGUCGAAUCAAUUAGAUUAUGACUUAUUUAUAUUACAGCAGGAAGGUUCACAGAAUUUUCAAAUUACAAGUAACGAUAAAGCGAUGAAUUUCAAAGGUCAAAAUAAACGCGUAAUGUCUGUGAAGUUGAAACCUGGAGAUUUACUUUAUAUUCCUAAAGGAUUCACUUACACUAUAUCACAUGACAAUAAUACUCAGCAUACAUUACAUCUUUGCAUUAGUUUUGAUGAAAAGUAUAAUUGGGGCGAUUAUUUGUCUGAAUUAUUACCAAUAAUGAUAAAGAAUGCUGUAGAGAAUGAUCCAGAAUUUCAUAAACCACUUCCAUUGAAUGCUUUCAAAUAUCUUGGAGUAUUUUUUAAUAAAAAUGAAGCAAAUAAACAUGCAAUUGAAUUAGAAAAAGAAUUUCGUUUACAAACUAUUCAACUAUUGAAACGUUUAAUUCAUAAAAUUGAACAACGUCAAACAUUUACAAUUCAAAAAUCAAAAUCUACUAAUCAGUCAAUUGAAGAAGAAACGCGUCGAUUGUCAUCUGCAACAACAACAACAACCGCCGCCACCACCGCCACCACAACGACGACGUCAAGUAAAGAAAUCGAGUCCGUAAGACCACCUCAACAACAAUCGCAACAACCGAAUCCUUAUGAUAAUUUGUUUAUUCAAACAAUUGAUCCUUUACAUUUGGCUAUUGAUAAAAUUAUGUUGAAAAUAAUGCGUGAACGAUGUGCACCGGAGUUGAGUGAAGAUGAAUUAAUCCGAUCUAAUUUGACACAAAGCAAUGAUAAAUCAAAUCCUUUAACUAUUCAUAGUAGAAUUCGUUUAGUUCGUUCCACAGCAAUUCGAUUGAUAUUGACAUAUUUUGAGAAGAACGACCCAACUAUUACAGCUGCUACUACUGUCAUGAACGGUAAUGACGAUGACAGUCAUCCAAGCAGUCAACGACAAGAACAACAACAACAACAGCAUUCAAUGAUUCCUUCAUUUAUGGUUUAUCAUUGCUUGAAUAAUCAAAGCAAUCAUUCUGAUAUGAAUGCCAAUGUAGGCAUUGGUUUUCAUAAGAAAUUUUUAAUCGCUCUCACUCAUCUUAUACACAAAUAUCCUGUAUUCAUUCCGGUUCAUGGUUUACCAUUGGAAAAACAUACAGAUUGUUUAAAUGUAGCACUAACAUUUUACAAAUUAGGAUUCAUAAUCACAGAACAUCAUAAACAGCAUCAAAUUGAUGAUGAUGAUGAAGUGCAAACUAUUGAAGGAGAAGAAGAACAAUCUGGUGAAAACAAUGUUGUUUUGACGAAGAUCGAUAAAAUACCAAAGCAUUCCACAGCGUUGAUGAAGAAUACUGAAGUUGGUAGACGAGGCAAUUGUGUAGUAGUAAUCAGUUUAGAUAAUAAUCAUAAAACGCAAGAUGACGAUUGUCGUCUCAUUGAUGAAGACAACAUCACUGAUGAUGAUGAUGCUGCUGACGAUUGUAUUAUUACUGGGAAAAUUGAGAAAAGCAAAUAACAUCACAUGGUGUAUCGAAAUGAUGUGUCGUACAGAUUUUUUUUUUUUAAAAGAAACAUUUGUUUAUUUGGAGAAAUGCAUUUUACUCCUAAUCUAUUUGUACAUUUCAUAAGAAAGAAAAUGAGAAUAAAAAAUGUUGUAUAAUCAUCAUGAG